AUGAAACAAAUGAGAAUUUCCCCCACAUCGUUGCACCGCAAUAAGCUUGAAAGUGAAGCUUCCGACUAUACUGGAUGCGGUGCGGUCUCUACUGAAUUACUGAAGCGUCCCUCUUGCUGCAGCAGCAGCAUCAGCAAUAACACGAGGUGCACAGAAAACAUGUCCCCAUCGGACACCCUCCAUGGAUCCAUCACCUCAGAUAUUACUGUCGAGGAAGCGCCGACUUCUUCAAUAGAUGCAGCAGGGGAUUCAGAACUCAAGCUAUUACCCGCUUGCCAGACCCUGCCUAACGACAGCGAAAGCGGAAGUCAAACAGGGAGGCAGGAGUGUAGCAGCAGCGCAGCUGCAACGUCUUGUGAGGGGGGCCUUGCAUUUUUCACAUUCAGCCACUUGUGGGAAUUGCCCUCAAAACGCUCAGAAAAAUGCACCGGCAGAAGCUCCAGCACAGUGUGCUCAAAUGACGCCAGCGGGAACUGCUGCGCGGAUCUUUUAAGAAAACAGCAGCAGGAGUUGGCUGACAUGGGCAGCAGCCCAGGCGCUCAUGCCAAUUACCAGAUGCUGGAAUCAACAGCAGACGAACUUGAAGCGGGCUGCUUUUUGUGGGCCUUGAGCUGUCUGGAGCAAGGGAGUAGUCAUGCGGUGGGGUUGGCCUUGGUGGGCGCCUACGAUAGGUGGCGGCGGCGGUACAACAGUGGGGAAGCAGAAGGAAUUCGCGCUGUUAAAAACAUUAUUGAGAAACUGGAAGAACCAAAUGCGCAAUACCCGCCGCCGCGGCCUUGCGAGAAUGUGCUCAUGCUACAGAGGGGCAUCGAAGGUUCCAUGCCAAUUACUGAAGGACUGUUUCUGCGUUUGCGGGUGGCCGCAGCUUCUCCGGAAGACAGCGAGUCUGACGGCCGGCAGUCCCAGCAGUGUCAGACAAAGGGAAUAAGCAGUGCGGACGUCUUUCAGCUUGAGGAGUGGACAUCUUGGCACGAGAGUCACAACGGGCCCGUGGUCAACUUGCACGCUUCUGUUUCUUCUGCUGCCUCGCCGGAUGCGCAGCUGGAGUGGGUGUGGCUUGGUUCCGUCGCUCUUCAGGACGAAGUUGAGCGGGAAACGAAAGUUGCAGUGGACUACUUGCGCCAGUGCAUGGGGUUCAAAGUGUUUAUGUGCACUGGUGACAACCCCAGGACAGCAGCUCGCGUUGCCGCUGCCCUCGAAAUUCCCGAGUCUUGUGUCAUGGCCCAGCAGACUCCGGAGGGUAAAGUGAGUUUUCUGCGCUCUCUCGUAUCUGAGGAUACUUCGGGAGCCACACCAGACAGCACGGCCUACAGCAGCAGCAGCACAGCCAGCAGUGGCAUUAGGCGCAAUAGCAGCUCACCGUACCUUUCUUUGAUCACUCGUCAAGGCAAAAAGCCGCCUAUCUGCUGCAUGGUAGGAGACGGCUUGAACGACUCGCCAGCUCUGGCUGAGGCAGCCCUUGGUGUGGCUUUUGGUGUUGGCAAUGCGUUGCCGCUGGCUGCUGCUGCCGUAGCUGUGGGAGGCCAAAGCUGGACAGAGCUUGUGGACCUCUUCAGAAUAGCGCGGCAGACUCAGAGUAUUAUUCGCUGGAAUUUCCUUUGGGCCUGUGCCUUCAAUUUGGUUGCUGUGCCUCUUGCUGCUGGGGUGGCUUACCCCACGGUGUCUGUUCAUCCUGCAGCGGCAGCAGCAGCAAUGGCUGGCAGCUGCUUAUUGGUUCUGCUAAAUGCGCAGCGAUUGACUCGUUUCAAAGCAACAACCACCGAAAGCAUGGAGGUUGAGCUCUCGCGGCUGUCUCCCACAAUCCAAAAAGAAAGGCAGAACGUGGAGAAGAGAGAACUAGAAGACUUUGCCUCCGAGGAGUCGCCGAGGAGCAACAUUUCUCUGCAGCUGCGCGAUGAGUAUCCUUCAUCCCAUCGCGUCUUAGACGACGACAUAAUUUUCGCUUCCACAAAUGCACCAGUGGUUCCUGCUGGCUUUGGCUGCCAAGUAGGGGUAGCUGCAGGCGCCAUCGGGCCACUGGAAUUGCCCGUCAGCGGCAGCGAUUCACCUUUCUUUGAUGAUCUUUUGCAGUUUGAAGGACAAGACUCGAUGAGCUGCUGA